CCACUGCACUUCCAGUCGUGUCGCGGCCACUACAAUAACACGCUGAGUGUUGAGAUUAGUAGCCUCUCAACAGUUGAACAGAAUCGACGUAUUACAUCAUGUAUAUAAUUAUUCUUCUAACGGUACUCGUACUAUUGGUGUACAAAUAUUACGACCAAAAGUAUGCUUUUUGGAAGAAUUUAAACGUGCCAUACCUGCAACCAUCUAUACCGUUCGGUAAUCUUGAUAAUUUCGUAGUGAAAAGAUGUCAACCCCUCGGAUUUCAAAUGGCCAACCUGUACAAACGGAUAAAAAGUGAAGGUCACCGAUUCGGCGGCAUUUAUGCACUCUCUACGCCGAUAUUGAUCCCAGUUAAUGUUGAUCUCAUUAAAGAUGUACUUGCUCGGGAUUUUACUUAUUUUGAUGAAAAGAACUUUUACAUCAAUGAGAAGGAUCAACCAAUCAGUGGAAAUUUGUUUUUCCUCGGUGGUGAGAAAUGGAAGAAUAUGCGUGUCAAAAUGACCCCGACAUUCACAUCCGGUAAGAUGAAACAAAUGCUUUCGAUUGUUUUGGAUUGUCAUAUACCACUAUUGGAGCAUUUGGAGACAUGUUGGAAAACCAAGCAGGCGGUGGACAUCAAAGAAACCACGGCUAGAUUUACCACUGACGUGAUUGGUUCUGCGGCGUUUGGUAUACAAUGCAACAGUUUCAAAGUCGCCGAUCCUGAAUUUCGUCGCAUGGGGAGAAGAUUCUUGAAUCAAGACUAUACGCAAAUCUUGAUCAACAUGUUUUCGUUCAAUUUCCAGGAUGCAGCGCGAAAACUCCAUCUUACGUCAUUCCCUAAAGAUGCCGAGCAAUUCCUUACUGACACCAUACGGGAUACUAUGCGUUACCGUAAAGAAAACAAUGUGACCAAAAACGAUUUCUUACAAAUGUUAAUUAAAUUGCACGAUGAAGGGCAAAUAACUUUUGGACAACUUUCUGCACAAGCAUUUGUUAUUUUUAUGGCUGGCUAUGAAACGUCUGCAACAACCAUGAUGUUUGCUCUGUUUGAGCUGGCGCAAAAUCAAGAUAUUCAAAACAAAGUUCGAGAAGAAAUUCGAAGAGUGCUUGCAAAAUAUAAUGGAGAAAUCACAUACGAAGGUUUGGGAGAGUUAACAUACACGAAACAAGUAAUUGACGAAACACUCAGAAAACAUCCACCUGUUCUCACAGUCGACCGCUUGUGUUCCAAACCGUACAAAUUAGAAAAUGAGAAUAUUACCAUUCCAGCUGGAGCUGUUGUGAUCGUCCCCACGUACGGAAUACAUCAUGAUCCGGAAUAUUAUCCGAGCCCAGCUAAAUUUGAUCCUGAUAGGUUUUCACCGGAAAACAUUGGGAAUAUCAACCCAUACACGUAUUUGCCAUUUGGUGAAGGGCCGCGUUUAUGCAUUGGUCAAAGAUUUGGUAUUAUGCAAACUAAAGUUGGAUUGAUAUCACUACUUAAAGAUUAUAGGUACACGUUGAACAAGAAAACUGAUCCAAAUCUUGAAUUUGACUUUAAAUUCAUUCUUUCACCUGUUGGUGACAUAUUAUUAGAUAUUGAAAAAGUCGAUUGGUCUCACGUCCGUCGAACAAUAUCUCCGUGUUGCGUCAUGUAUGUGAUUAUAUUAAUUAGUGUUCUCGCACUAUUGGUGUACAAAUAUUACGAUGAAAAGUAUAAAUUUUGGAAGCAUCUUAACGUACCAUAUUUGACACCAUCCAUACCAUUUGGUAAUCUGGAUAAUUUCGUUUUGAAGAAAUGUCAACCUGCAGGAAUUCAGUUAGCCAAUUUUUACAAACGGCUGAAAGGUGAAGGACAUCGUUUUGGAGGUAUUUAUGUUCUGGGUACGCCAAUAUUCAUUCCAGUAGACCCCGAUCUUAUUAAGAAUAUACUCGCUAAGGAUUUUACUCAUUUUGACACAAAAAAUUUCUUUGUCAACGAAAGGGAUCAACCAAUUAGUGGUAAUUUGUUCUUCAUCGGCGGGGAAAAAUGGAAGAAUAUGCGCGUUAAAAUGACACCGACCUUUACAUCCGGUAAAAUGAAGCUAAUGCUUUCAAUUCUUUUGGAUUGUCAUAAACCAAUGCUGGAACAUUUAGAGGCUUGUUGUAAAAAUAAGCAAGCGCUCGAUAUUAAAGAAACCGCAGCAAGAUUUACUACAGACAUAAUUGGCUCCGCCGCCUUCGGUAUCGAGUGUAAUAGUUUUAAGAACGCUGACCCGGAAUUCCGUCGCAUGGGCAGAAUGUUCCUCGAAGAGAGCUACACACAAAUGUUAAAAAAUAUGUUUGCGUUCAAUUUCCACAACGCCGCACGGAAAUUACACAUCACGUCGUUCCCGAAGGAUGCUGAGAAGUUUCUGACCAACGUUAUCCAAGAAACAAUGCGUUUCCGUAAGAAAAACAACGUAACCAAGAAUGACUUUUUACAAAUGUUGAUUAAGCUGCACGACGAAGAACAAAUCACAUUUGGAGAACUCUCUGCACAAGCAUUUGUUAUAUUUUUGGCUGGGUUCGAAACUUCAUCGACAACUAUGAUGUUCGCUUUGUUUGAACUCGCGCAGAAUCAAGAUAUUCAAGAUAAAGUUCGGAAUGAAAUUCGACGUGUUCUUGCAAAAUAUAAUGGAGAAAUAACAUACGAAGCUUUAGGAGAAUUGAUUUACACUAAACAAGUAAUUGAUGAAACUUUACGAAAACAUCCACCUGUUCUAACUGUGGAUCGCAUGUGUUCUAAAGCAUACAAGUUAGAAAACGAAAAUAUUACUAUUCCAUCUGGGACUUCGGUGAUAGUAUCAACAUACGGAAUACAUUAUGAUCCAGAAUAUUAUCCAAACCCGGAGAAAUUUGACCCUGACAGAUUUUCGCCUGAAAACAUCGGGAAUAUUAAUCCGUAUACUUAUUUGCCGUUCGGCGAAGGACCGCGUUUAUGUAUUGGUCAACGAUUUGGUAUAAUGCAAACUAAAGUUGGAUUGGUGUCACUGCUUAAGGAUUAUAGAUACACUUUGAACGAGAAAACUGAUCCAAAUCUGGAGUAUGCAUUUAAAUUCAUUUUAACACCUAUUGGCAAUAUAUUAUUAGACAUGGAAAAAGUUAAUUAAGUGCUUUUUUCAAUCAAAGAAAAUGUGAGCAAUAAUUUUAAGGCAGCUAAUUUGAUAUUAUUUGUAAUAAAUGUACUUCAAAAUUAGAAGCAAAUAUGUAACUACAAAGUGCAAAGGUAACAUGAAAGUUGUAUAAUCUUAUCAUGAGGAAUUUCAUCGAUAAGAUUUACUUAUAUGCGUUAUUUGCGCAUUCAAUGUCAUAACUUUGUGUCAUUGAAUUUUUGCAAAGGAAAGCCACAUAUAUUAAACUAAUAGAUGUUUA